AUGCCCUACAGUGGUAGAGAGGUCAACAAGGUGUACGGCCAGGACUUUAUUAUCGACCAGCGAUUUAAGAUCGUUAAGGAGAUAGGUCAUGGUGCGUACGGCAUUGUCUGUCUGGCCAAGUUUGGCUCUCCUCAAGGCGACGGCAACUACGUUGCCAUCAAGAAAGUCACCAACAUCUUCUCCAAAAAGAUCUUGUGUAAGCGGUCGCUUCGUGAAAUCAAGCUCUUACAGUUUUUCAGGGGCCACAAGAACAUUACCUGCUUGUACGACUUGGACAUUGUCCCGCAUCCCGUAACCGGUGAGUUCAACGAGAUCUACUUGUAUGAGGAGUUGAUGGAGUGUGAUAUGCAUCAGAUCAUUCGCCUGGGACAACCUUUGACUGAUUCACACUAUCAGCUGUUCAUUUACCAGGUGCUUUGCGGCCUCAAGUACAUCCAUCUGGCGGACGUUUUGCAUCGUGACUUGAAGCCUGGCAACUUGUUGGUCAACGCUGACUGUGAGCUCAAAAUCUGUGAUUUUGGACUCGCUAGAGGCUUUUCCGAAGACGUGGAACAGAACUCACAGUUCAUGACCGAAUACGUGGCCACACGCUGGUACCGUGCGCCAGAGAUCAUGCUCUCCUUCUCCAACUAUACGAAGGCCAUUGACAUUUGGUCUGUCGGCUGCAUUCUUGGUGAACUCUUGGGCGGAAAGCCUCUUUUCAGAGGUAAAGACUACGUUGAUCAGUUAAAUCAAAUAUUGAUGAUCUUGGGAACUCCAAAAGAAGCCACCCUCACGAAAAUCGGUUCUGUCAGAGCCCAAAACUACGUCCGCUCAUUGCCAAUAAUGAGAAGGGUACCGUUCACGGAGCUUUUCCCCAACGCUAACCCGUUGGCGCUCGAUUUGUUGGAGAAAAUGCUCACCCUAGAUCCCCACCAGCGUAUCACGGUGGAGGACGCCUUGAAGCACCCAUACAUGUCGGUAUGGCACGAUCCUAAUGAUGAACCAGAAUGUAAGGUGAAAUUUGAUUUCAAAACUUUUGAGACUGUGGAUGAUCUUGACUCCAUGAAACAGCUCAUAGUUGAUGAGGUGCGCAACUUCAGAGACUUCGUUAGAAAACCAAUUCAUGAACAGCAUCAGAUUCAGCUUCAGAUGCAACAGCAGCAACUUCUCAAGGAGCAAAAUUCUCAGCCUCCUGCCCAAGUGCCCGAUGACGCGGCUGAUGCCAUCAACGCGCAGAUGGAACUGUUUCCUGAUAUGUUCAGCACUGAUUACUCCAUGAACAGCGCCGGUGUUCUAACAUACACCGAUCUGCUUCAGAAUGACAAUGGUAUGCAAUUUUACGAUGCUGUCCCAAAGCCGCAAGAGCUUGACCAGUUCUCCCACAUCGAGGAGAAGAAUGGUAACCCAGAGCUUUUCCAGCUAGAGGAGGAGCUAGGAUUCGGCUUAGACCGUACGUUUAACAACCAAUGA